AUGGAGUCUGUGACACUUGCGGCGUGCGGCGCACCGGAGGGCAUCAGGACCGAAGUGUUGCUCCAGGCAACCGCUGCGGACCCGGGGAACGAAGAGCUGGGGGUGGCGACCUCCGUGCACGGGCCGUCGAACGAGGUGACGGCAGAAUCGGGCGAAGACCUGACCCCGGAAACCAUCCGCGCCGCCGAAGAGCGCUUGGACAAACUUUCAUUACGUAGCGUCUCUCUACCGGCGGCUCCAGUCCUCGUGUUCUCGAUCGACGGCCCUAUCAAACGUUUCGUCGAGAUACCUGACGACAGUCCUCCGCGGAAAUCUGGCAGACAGGACAAUGGUGGAGAUAGGGAGCCACUCAACUUGAAGAUGUGGAUGGUGAAGAAUAUGGCGGCGCUGGGCUUGGCAUUUAUGGUCCACUACAUAGCGAUGAAGGGUGCCAAUAACCUGCAGAGCUCUGUCAACGCGGAGGGGGGUCUGGGCACCUCGGCGCUCACUGCUUACUACUCCGCAUUUAUUUUCUCCAACGCCUUCUUGCCUGUCAUUAUCAUAAGGUGGCUGGGCUGUAAAUGGACGAUGGCGGCGGGCAUCUUGGGCUACGUGCCGUACAUGGCGGCGCAGUUCUGGCCGUCGUUCUGGACGCUGGUUCCGGGCGCGCUGCUGGCCGGACUGAGCGCGGGCCCGCUGUGGUGCGCGCAGAGCACCUACCUCAGCCACGUCACCGGCCACUACGCCGACGCCACCCCGCCGGCGCCUGGCCGCCGCGACGCGCUCAUGGUGCGCAGUUUCGGCGCCUUCUACAUGCUGUACCAGAUGAGCCAGGUCUGGGGGAACCUCAUCUCCUCUGCAGUGCUGUCCCUGGACGACCACGCUAUCGAAGCGGUGGCGCCCACGACGCCGGCGUCGCCGACGCCGCGCUGGUCGGGGGCGGCAGCGUGGCCGCGGUCGCCACCCAACGCGACGCAACCCAAAGAGGUGUGCGGCGCGCGCUUCUGCCCCCUGGCGUCGCGCGGGCCCGAGGCUCACGGGCCUCCGCUAGAGGUCUCUGGCAUAUUCGUCAUCACCGCCAUCUUCAUCGGCUGCAUCGUGGCCGCCUCCGCUACCGUCGCCUUGUUCGUAGACGCCAUAGACAGGAAAAAACAAAAUGACAAAGGAUCUUCAGGUGUGAAGCUCUUAGUAACAACAAUGAAGUUAUUGAAGAACCGGAAACAACUUCUCCUCCUCCCAAUAACAAUGUGGCUUGGCGUCCAGGAUGCUUUUGUUUCUGCUGAAUACACAUCUGCAUAUGUUACUUGUGGAUGGGGAAUCCAGAACAUUGGAUACGUGAUGAUAUGUUUUGGUGUGACCAACUCAGCAUCAGCACUGUUACUUGGAUGGGCCGUCAAGAUCACUGGCCGCCUACCCAUAAUGGUGGCAUCAUUUGCCCUUCAUGUGGCCAUAUUAGCAACAUUAUUAAUCUGGUAUCCACAUCCAACGAAUCACACAGUUUACUUUGUCAUUGCUGGUCUUUGGGGAAUUACAGAUGGGGUGUGGCAAGCACAAGUCAAUGCACUUUAUGGACUCACCUUCCCUGGUAAGGAGGAGGCAGCAUAUAGCAGCUUCAGAUUGUUUGAAUCGCUUGGUUACAUAAUUGCCUACAGUUACAGUGCAUGGCUUUGCACUUACAUAAAAAUAUAUAGUGUGCUUGGUUUGUUAAUCCUUGGAUUUGCUGGGUAUCUAGUCAUUGAAAUAGGAGUGAUCCACAAACAGAAAAGCUCUUGCAAGUAG